AUGGAAGGAGCUAUCGGUGCUACGAAUAUGAUUGUGAAAACACUGGCUGCCGGAUACAGAGUGGGAGCUGAAGAUGGGGUGGCAGUCGGCAGUCAGGAAAACCUGGUCCUGGAGAGUGACUUCCUCCUCGAACAGGAGCUGGGCUUCGGAGAAAAUGACUACAGGAUCGUGGGUUUUGAGAGGGACUCGGACUCCGUCACGGCUGACAUGGGAAUGCCGGUGUACGGCUUCAGCGAUGAGGACUGUUCCAGCUACAACCGUCUCAGCAUGGAGAGCGACUUCGAGGACCCACGAGACACGGAGAGCGAGCGGGAGGAGAUGGGCCCCGACACCACGUUUGCCCCGUACCUCUCCUGCAGGCAGUGCGGCCAGCUGCUGGGCGACCCCCUGAGCGACGCGCUGGACCUCGACGGCCUCUACUGCCUCCAGUGUGGCGCCGAGGGUGGAGACGCAGACCGGCAGGACCGUCCGCUAGAGGAGGCCCAUCCCACCGACACCGCGCAAGGGAAGGUGAACCGAGGCAGAUCCACAUCUGACGGAAGCUCUUGUAAAACGUACUCCUGCAAACUGUGCAGCUUCAGCUCACGUUACUCCAACCACUUGAAGCGGCACAUGAAAACGCACAAUGGCGAGAAGCCAUACCAGUGCCAGCAGUGCGCCUACGCCUCCGCCCAGCUGGUGAACCUGCAGCGGCAUGUGCGCACGCACACGGGCGAGAAGCCGUACAAAUGCGAGUUCUGCACAUUCGCGUGCAACUCUCUGGGAAACCUGAAGAGGCACCAGCGCAUGCACAUGCAAGAGAAAGACCUCAACUGCAGCCAGUGCGACUUCCGCGCCAACAACAGCCACUCCUUAAAUAAACACAUGAUGAGCCACAAGGAGGACAAAUCAACAGCCUUAACGGAAGAGUCUGUGGAGUCUGACCUGACUCUGCACAUCAGCAGCGACCCCGACUUCCUCCAAAGCUAUGACACUCUACGAACAGACUGCCAUCCUCCCGCCCUGCUGCACGCUGAGGGUUUGGCCAAAGAGUCGGACCCUCUGCCCGAGCUGCUAUUCCCCUUCACGUGCCGUGUGUGCGGAGCGGUGCUGGAGGACGAGGAGGGCACCUCGGCGCAGAUCUGCAGCAGAUGCACACUAGACAUGUUGUCCAAAAGCUCCCCGAGCAGCCCGGAGAAAGGUGACAAGCUGUACUCGUGCACAUCAUGUCCGUUCGUCACUCAGUACCCCAACCACCUCGCCCGCCACAUGAAGACUCACAGCGGCGAGAAGCCCUACAAGUGCCCGCAGUGCAAUUAUGCUUCCGCCCACUUCGACAACCUCAAGCGGCACCACCGCGUGCACACGGGCGAGAAGCCAUACAAAUGCCGCGUGUGCGACUACGCUUGCGGCAACCUGGCCAAUCUCAAGCGGCACGAGCGCAUCCACUCGGGCGCCAAGCCGUUCCAGUGCAGUGUGUGUAGUUACAGCUGCAACCAGAGCAUGAACCUGAAGCGCCACAUGCUGCGGCACACCGGCGAGAAGCCCUUUAAGUGCCAGGAGUGCGGCUACACCACGGGCCACUGGGACAAUUACAAACGCCACCAGAAGAAGCACGGCCACUCUGCCGAAGGCUGGCUCAAGAUGCAGCUGCCGGAGAAAGAGGAAGAGGAUGAGGAAGGAGAAAUGUAGUGGAAGCUCUCUAUGAUGUCUAGCUCCAGUUGCCUUAUUAUUAUUAUUAUUGUUAUUAUCAUCAUCAGAGAAAUCCAUACGGUAAAGGUGCGUCGCGACAGGGUCGGUGUGCGUUUUUUUUUUUUUCACUUGAUUGUAUUUUGUAUUUUGUCCAACUGUUUACAGCAGCUGAUUUCAAUCCCAGAAUCACAGGUUUGCAAGUUAAGAUCGUUGUCUUGAACUGAAAGAGCACAUUUAUGCACCACUGGGUGAAUCUCGCAAAAAAAAUGUCCAGGCCAUAUUUCACCCCAAAAUUAAAAGG